AUGGAGACGGGCCCAGCGCCCCUGGUGGCCCCGCCGCGCUGUCAUGGCUCUCCCGCGGCCCCCUCGCCCCCGCCCCGGGGCUCCCGGGCCGGGCCCAUGGUGGUGGUGGCUCCGGGGCCUCCAGUGACCACGGCUACCUCGGCUCCAGUGACUCUAGUGGCCCCCGGAGAGGCGCGGCCCACCUGGGUCCCAGGACCCAGCCAAACCACGGCUCCAGCUCCGGCCCCUACUGCGACCCCAGGGGCCUCCGGCAGCACCGUGGUGGUGCUGACUCUGGAGGCCUCGCCCGCCUCGAAGACGACACAGGUCCCCUCUGGCCCAGAGCCCCCGGGGCCCGCAGCAGUAGCAGGAACCGAGAAGGUGAUUGCUGUGGCCCCAGGGACAGAAUCUCCAAAGAAGGAGACUGGAACCUCGCCUGCCCCUGGACCAGGUACACCCACCAGGACCCCCUCCAGAACAGCUCCUGGGGCCUUGACCGCCAAGCCCCCGCUUGCCCCUAAGCCGGGAACCACAGUGGCCUCGGGGGUGACUGCACGGGUUGCAGUAGUGACAGCAGGACAGAUGACAAGUGGAUAUGGAGUUGCAGCAGCAGCAGCAGAAUCCGCUCCUGAGGAUUCUUCAGGGUCUGGUACCGGCCCUCCAGGGACAAGUGACACUCUGGUAGCCGUCGUGACGGUGACCCCAGCUGAAAGCUCUCAGGACCUGGGCUCCACAUCCAGCCUGGGUCCUGGCAUUCCUGGGCCUCGAGGUCAAGCUCCAGACACUCUGAGCUACCUGGAUUCUGUGAGCCUCAUGUCUGGGACAUUGGAGUCCUUGGCAGAUGAUGUGAGCUCCAUGGGUUCAGACUCCGAGAUCAAUGGGCUGGCCCUGCGCAAGACCGACAAGUAUGGCUUCCUUGGGGGUAGCCAGUACUCAGGCAGCCUAGAAAGCUCCAUUCCUGUGGAUGUGGCUCGGCAGCGGGAGCUCAAGUGGCUGGAGAUGUUCAGUAACUGGGAUAAAUGGCUGUCACGGCGUUUCCAGAAGGUGAAGCUUCGCUGCCGGAAGGGGGUCCCCUCCUCCCUCAGAGCCAAGGCCUGGCAGUACCUGUCCAAUAGCAAGGAACUCCUGGAGCAGAACCCUGGCAAGUUUGAGGAACUGGAACGGGCUCCUGGGGACCCCAAGUGGCUGGAUGUAAUUGAAAAGGACCUACACCGCCAGUUCCCUUUCCAUGAGAUGUUUGCUGCACGCGGAGGACAUGGGCAACAGGACCUGUAUCGCAUCCUGAAGGCCUACACUAUCUACCGGCCCGAUGAGGGCUACUGCCAGGCCCAGGCCCCAGUGGCUGCAGUAUUGCUCAUGCACAUGCCUGCUGAGCAAGCCUUUUGGUGUCUGGUACAGAUCUGCGACAAGUACCUCCCCGGUUACUACAGUGCAGGGCUGGAGGCCAUUCAGCUGGAUGGAGAAAUCUGUUUUGCACUCCUGCGCCGGGCUUCCCCUUUGGCGCAUAGGCACCUGCGGCGGCAGCGCAUCGACCCUGUGCUCUAUAUGACGGAGUGGUUCAUGUGCAUCUUUGCCCGCACGCUGCCCUGGGCUUCAGUGCUGCGCGUCUGGGACAUGUUCUUCUGUGAAGGCGUCAAGAUCAUCUUCCGCGUGGCCCUGGUGCUGCUACGGCACACACUGGGCACCGUGGAGAAGUUGCGCUCCUGCCAAGGCAUGUAUGAGACCAUGGAGCAGCUGCGCACCCUGCCCCAGCAGUGCAUGCAGGAGGACUUCCUCGUGCACGAGGUGACCAAUCUCCCAGUGACAGAGGCAUUGAUCGAGCGGGAAAACACAGCACAGCUCAAGAAGUGGCAGGAAACCCGGGGGGAGCUGCAGUAUCGGCCAUCACGGCGGCUCCAUGGUUCCCGGGCCAUCCAUGAGGAGAGGCGGCGGCAGCAGCCACCCUUGGGCCCCUCCUCCAGCCUCCUCAGCCUCCCAGGCCUCAAGAGUCGAGGCUCGCGGGUUGCUGGUGGGGUUCCCUCCCCACCCCCUCCUGUCCGGAGGGCCAGUGUGGGGCCUGCACCAGGGCCUGUGGUCACUGCUGAGGGACUGCGACCAUCCCUUCCCUCGCCUACUGGCAACAGCACCCCCUUGGGGCCCAGCAAGGAAGCCCGGAGGCUGGAGAAGGAGCGGCAAAAACAGGAGAAGGAGAGUGAGAAGGAGCGUGAGAAGGAGCGGCAGAAACAGGAGAAGGAGCGGGAGAAGCAGGAGAAGGAGCGGCAGAAACAGGAGAAAGAGCGGCAGAAGCAGGAGAAAGAGCGGCAGAAACAGGAGAAGAAGGCUCAAGGCCGGAAGCUCUCACUGCGUCGAAAGGCAGAUGGUCCUCCAGCCCCCCAGGAUGGUGGGGAUAAGUCGUCGUCGUCAGCAUCUGAGGCCCGGCAGGAUGCUUACUUCUGACCUCUGCCCUGGGGCUGGACUGCAUGGCCCCCCUUUUCCCCUUAGC